UAUCCUUCGCCUGAUCCCUUGUCGUGAUCACCAUUCCCUCUUCCUCAUCUCAACCCACGGUGUUUUGUGGUUCUCAAGCCUCUUUAUUCUGCCUUUGUCUCCAAUUCUCUACUUAGACUCUGUUACAUUCGCCCCUCUGUGGGCUAGAUGGCCCCGUCGCCCUCGCCCAUUUACGUCACCUUCUACCACCACGUGUUGCCCUCAACUCGACUAUUGAUUCAUUCUUUGCCCUGACCUCCAGGAGCAAGCCAUGCCGAUUGCAGUUGGCGGCUUGCUUCUGGAUCGGGACUAGGAGUCUCUUUUAAUAUUUGAAAAUAUUCUUUUGUGAAUAGAAAGGAUGGGCAGGCACCAUCUCAGACUCCCCGAUCAUCUUUACCUUUCCCCUCCAACCCCUCCUCCGCCAGCACCUUAUUCUUUGGCCUCUGCUUCCUCAUUUCUCCUCGUCAGAUCCGCCGCUUCUUACGCUUCUCCCACCAUUCUAUUCCAGGAUUCUGGUAGAUAUCCAGCACUUUCCGUCAGCGACAGGAUACCAGGACUACGAGUUUCUGCGGCCUUUCUCUCUACUCUUCGAGCCAACCUCGUCCUAGAGUCUGACUCCGCUCCUUCAUCCGUUGCCAAUACUCCCGACUGUCUUCGUCCAGUCGCCAUGCCAUCAUCCGGAACCCUCCUACCACCUCCAUCCCCCUCUCCCCUCGCCCAAAAUCCUACAUAUUACCACGUCACCCAAGACACUCCCACCAGCGACUCGACCCCCUCUUCCAACCCACUCGACUCAAUCCCCGGACUUACCACCCAACCAGCCAUAACAGAAGAUGACAAAGUCGAAGGUCUACAUUUACUCGCCGACUCGGUCGCCCAACAACGACAAUUAGCAUCAACCGCCAUCCUCUUCCACCCCACCACAUUAGCCAUCCUCAUCCUCACCUUCGCCCUCUGCUACCACUAUCUCUACCAUGGAUCACGAUCCGACUUCGCCAUCAUCGGCACCACCACCUCCGGCAUAUUCAUGGCCGUCCUAAUCACCGCCCGCUGGCUUUCAAGCGGAUACAUCGAACAAGCCGAACGAGUCGGCACAUGGAAAUGGCUCAACCGUGGACGAGACAUUCCCAACAACGGCAUCGUCGGUGAAGAGGACGAAAUCCUCCUCACCAGAUUCGGAGAUCAAGUCAUUGGAACGAUUGUCAUUCGCGGUAUACGUGAACGUUCCACCACGACAACUUCACCUGGUAAUUCAUCGCCGAAGAAAUCUCGAGCCAAGAUUCCUGUCACGACGUUGAUUCGUGGGUGGACUGUGAGCCGGAAAUAUCGACAUAAGGGGGUGGGGACGGGGCUUUUGGAACAGGCGGUUGAAUAUGCUCAGCAGAACGGAUGGCAGGGGCCGGAGUUUGCGUCUGAUCAUGCACAUAGUGCGAGGAUCUUGCCGGAGACGUUUAAUGGAGGGUUUGUGAAGAGAGAGGCAAUGGCGAGGGAGUUGCUGGAUGGGGUGAAACAGGAGAAGAGUCAGGGGAUGAAGAAUGGACGGAGAGUGAAGAGAUGAGAGACGAGGAGAAUAGAUUUCAUUAUUGGAUCUUGGAUACUGGACUCCCCCUGGCUAAUUCAAUUCAUUUCUUUUGUCAUUUCUUUUGUCUUUGGUUUUUUCAGGUUGGAUUUAUGAUGGACUUUUGUCUACCGGUGUUGAGAUGGAAUGGAAUUGUCAGGAGCUUGGUUGGUUGGUUGGUUGGUUCAGAUAUGAUAUACCCUUCAGAGACAGACAGACAAACGGACAGACACCUGUGAUAUACCCCCAAGCAAGCAAGCAAGCAAGGAAUGGAUUGAUAAUGUGGAUGUUCAUGGUGGUGGCGAUGCUUAUAC